AUGCAUCCACUAUGCCAUGAUGAUGAGAGGUCAGCCUUGUUGCAAUUCAAGCAAAGCUUUACCAUAGAAGAGUCUGCUUCCAGUUUUCCUAAUGCAUGUGAUAGGGUCAGAUCUUGGACACCAGAAGUAGAAAACAGUACUGAUUGUUGCUCGUGGGAUGGUGUUAACUGCGAUGAGGACACAGGCCACGUGAUUGGCCUUGACCUCAGUAACAGUUGUCUCCUUGGUUCAAUCAACCCUAACAGCACUCUCUUUCGUCUUGUUCAAUUGCAAAAGCUUAACCUUGCUGACAAUUACUUCAACUACUCUCAAAUCCCAUCCCAAGUAGGCAAUCUUUCAAGACUGACACAUCUCAAUCUAGCUCAUUCUAUGUUUUCUGGUCAAAUCCCAUUAGAAGUUUCAAAGUUGUCCCAAUUGUCAUCUCUGGAUCUGGGUUGGAACCACGAUUCAAAGAAAAACCUAUUGCAAUUGGGAAGGUUGAGCCUAAGGAGCCUAGUUGGAAAUCUAACCCUUCUAGAAGAUCUUGAUCUGAGUAGAGUGAACAUAUCCUCCACCGUGCCUAAUAUCUUUGCAAACAUGUCUAAUUUAAGGAGCCUCUAUCUCCUUGACUGUGGAAUGUAUGGGGAAUUUCCAAAAGGCAUUUUUAUGCUACCGAAUUUACGGAAUCUUGACGUAAAUCACAACGAAGAUCUCAAUGGUUCUUGGCCUGACUUUCAAUAUUGGCACAGCCCCAUGGAGCAAAUGAGCCUCGCACGCGUCAAUUUCUCUAGUGAGCUGCCCUCUUCAAUGGGAAACCUUAGCUCCUUGAUUGCUUUGGUAAUGCCCAGUUGCAGCUUGUUAGGGUCCAUUCCAUCUUCAAUCGGUAACCUCUCAAAUCUCAUUUACCUUGACCUUUCAAAUAAUAUUUUAGUGGGUAGCAUUCCAUCUUCAAUAGGAAAUCUCAUCCAACUUGGUCUUCUAAGCCUCCACAAUAAUCAUUUGACUGGUCUAAUCCCUUCUAGGCUUGCAAACCUCACUCAAUUGAUUAUCCUUGACAUGAGUUACAAUCAUCUAACUGGUCCGAUUCCUUUAGGGCUUAGGAAGCUAACACUAUUAAAUGACUUAGGUCUUGCAGGCAAUGAGUUUCAAGGCAAGUUUCCAAUCUUUAUCUUCAACCUACGGAAUCUUAACUUUCUUGAUAUUUCUGAUAAUUACCUUAGUGGUAUUAAAUGGAUUUGCAACAUGACUUUUCUUCAUGUCCUUGAUGUGUCUAAUAACAACUUUAGUGGUUCACUUCCUGAAUGCUUGCACAAUAUGUUCUAUGGAAGCAAAUUGAGGAUGAUUAGUUUGAGAGGGAACAAAUUCCAAGGCUUGUUACCAAGAUCAUUGGCCAAUUGUACGAUGCUAAAGGCCCUUGAUGUUAGUAAUAACCAAUUCAGUGACACUUUUCCGUCUUGGUUGGAAAAUCUUCCAAAGUCAGAGAUUCUCAUCUUGCGGUCAAACCAAUUCUAUGGUAAAAUAUUAGAGAGUCCUGAAACCAAUUAUGAGUUCCAAAACUUACGAAUCCUUGAUCUCUCUUACAAUAUUUUUACUGGAAAUUUGCCAUUAAAUUCAUUUAGAAAUUGGAAUGCAUUGAAAUUGGACAAACAUGAUCACCCUUUGACAUAUAUUCAUGAAAAACGAUCUUUCAAUGUGGGGACACACCAUUUGUAUUACUAUUAUGAUUAUUCAAUGAAAAUAACAAAUAAAGGCGUGGAUACAGUAUACAACAAGGUCCAAGACUUUUUUAGAGCCAUCGAUAUGUCUAGCAAUAGGUUUGUUGGAGAGAUUCCAGAAUCUAUAGGAGUUUUAAAGGACCUUAAUAUGCUCAAUCUUUCCAAUAACCUUCUCACCGGACAUAUCCCUAUAUCUUUAGGGAAUCUUACACAAUUAGAAUCAUUAGACAUUUCUCAAAAUAAGCUCUCAAGGAAGAUUCCACCACAGCUAACGCAACUUACUUUCCUCGAAUGGUUCAAUGUUUCUCAUAACUCUCUCACUGGCUCUAUACCAGAAGGGAAGCAAUUCAACACAUUUGAAACUAGUUCCUUUGAGGGAAAUUUAGGUUUGUGUGGAAAUCCAUUGUCAAAGAAAUGUUGGGAUUUUGAUUCUUCACCAGUAGUUUUCGAUCGAACUCCGGACUCACUUGGGUUUCUCUUUGAAUUUGGAUGGAAAAUACUUUUGGUUGGGUAUGGAUUUGGAUUCAUUGUUGGAGUAAUAAUUGGCAACAUCGCCACAGCAAGGAAAGAUGAUUGGUUGAUGAAAGCCUUAUAA